AUGCAUAGACUCAAGUUGAAGAACAAGCAGCCUCCGCCGCGCUAUGAGCCCACUCUCCAGCCGGUCAAUGGCAUCGUGCAGCCGCCGGUCAUUCCGCCGCCAAAUCGUCCUGGCCGGAGGACGAACGUGCUGGAAGAUCUCAAGUCCGUGCUGAACUUCAUCUGGCGCAUUCGCUGUUCGUACCACUUCCGCCAUCCCGUCGAUGCGGUGAGCCUGGGUGUGCCCGACUACCAUGCGGUGGUCAAGCAUCCGAUGGACUUGAGCACGAUCAGGAAGCGACUGCACAACAACUACUACUGGCAGGCGAGCGAGGCUCUGGAGGAUUUCAAGCUGAUAUUCGAGAACUGCAUGCUGUACAAUCUGGAGGGCUCACCGGUAAACCAGGCGGGGAAGGAGCUGAAGGAGGUCUUCUACACGCGACUGGCGUCCAUUGAUUUGAGCAAGGAGGCGGAACUGAAGCCAAAAUCGGAAAAGCGCAAGAGAAAAGCUACCGACUCGCUGGAUUCAGGCACGACUCCCAUGUUGCCACCACCGCGAGCAUCGAGUCAGUAUCCUGGACACUGGUCUUCGGGUCGUCCCCCAUGGCACUGUCCUCCACCGAUUCCUGGGGUGCCGGCACUUCCUUCACCAUUCCGAAAUUUCGUGCCUCCCAACUUGAUCCCAUCUUUUAUACCCGAUUUCUUGGUGAAUCCCGUGACAUCUAUGAUACCAAUUUCAUCAAUGAUGAAUCCGAUAUUCAAGAAUACUUGGGACUUAAAUAGAGGAAUGAAUCUGCCGCCUGAAAAACCAGCCUCAGCGCCAAACUCCUUCCGUCCCAUUGUCUUGCCACCACCCUUGACUUCAUCGCCAAUCGAACCCAUCAUGAUGCCUUUGCCCACAUGGCCAAACCCAACACCAGCUGAGCCCCCAGCUCAAUUGCCACCACCGCCUCCGAAGCCCAAGCCACCUGCUAUCAUCUGUUACAAGUCUCUGGAUCGAUUGAUUGAAAAGAGCCACACAGAUCACCUUCUGAAAUCGAUGCUGAAACGAAAGCGCAAACAGAUUACAUGGGCUUUUAACCACGCUGACUACUGGCGCAGGUACUCCCAGAAUCCGGACUACGACCACGAUCGUGAGGAGAAACUGGAUUGGAAGAUACUCCAGGAGCGUUUGGACGCCGAUAAUUUUGAGAGCUUUGAUGGAUUCGUGAGCACUGUGCGAAAGAUGUUCCAGAACGCAUUGCGUUGCUUUCCGGAAGAUGGAUUAAUCAAGGCUUCGGUGAAGAAAACCAAUGAGAUCUUUGAGAAAAGACUGCCCAAGUACAGGCAGUUGAUUGCGACGGCCAAGGACAAGGGGCGUCUACUGGUGGCCACCAAGGAAAAGGAGUUUCGUGCCGCAGAAACCAUGAACAUUAAACAAGAAAGAGUGGAUCAGGAGACUGAAAACGUUUGGAUUCCAAAACCAGUAACUAUUAAAAUGGAGCCCCUGGACGUACCAGAACAGGAAGUGCUCACGACGGAGCCCCAGGAUGUACAACAAACAGUAGUACCUAGUACGGAGCCGCUGGGUGAACAAACGAAUGCUAGCGAUCAAAGUGCGAAGUGUUCCAGCAUGAAAAGCAGUUCUAUUAAUGUGUAA